AUGGAUGCAAACAGCUUGAGCUCUAUUCAGGUUGGAAUUACAGAAUCCCUUGACAACGAGGUCAAGGCCAUUAGCUCACACAAUCAAACCGAAUGUGAGCAAGGGAUUGAAAUAGCUACUGAAAAAUGCAGUGAACAUCACAACGACGAAUGCAUGGAGGAAAACCUCGUCAAGACUGCAAGUGCCAAACAAGACGAUCUUGAUCCUGUGAAACUGGGAAAGGCAGCAGGCGGUCUGCCACAGAUGUCAGAGAUUCAAUCCUUGAGUGAAACAAAGCAAGAGGAGAAUGGGGAACAUGUUCAAAACGAAACUUGUGGCAAGAAGGAUAAAGAGAAUGGGGAAUCGCUCGAUUCAAAACUCGAAAUAGAGACAGAGAACUUCAAGAAUCAACGUGCUGGCGCUGGAGAAGAGUUGAUACAAGCUCCUGCUAUUGCGACCAGUCCCUCCAACCUAGUCCAGGAUCAGGAAAGCUCAAAUUGCACGAUCACUCUGAUUGAUCGAGUAGAUCCUUCAGGAUCAACUGACGUUCGGAACCAAGAUGAGGGAUCCACAGCUCCAUCCAGCGAUCCAAUGCAGAUUUCUGUGCCAAAUGUUGAAUCACUGCGUGAUGACGACCUCAAAGGCAGCCAUGCCCCCACUUCUAGCCAAAUGAACGAUCCGCAAGUUGAAGCUACGUCAGCUGCUGAGACGCCAAAUGCGACAAAGUCCAACAUAGUGCCCCAAGCUGACAAGUCAGGACUAGAAAGUUCUGAUUUGGUGCAGCACGGUAAGGGUGAUAUUGAGGGACAAGGGUCUGAUAAAACCCCGCAAGUCACAGAUACGUUAGGUAACGCAGUAGUCUCAGUGCAGAUACCCUCAAACCAUGUGGAAGCGAAUGGAAGGCAUUACAUUCAAACGAAUUCGUCGUCGACAGACGAAAAGCUUGAUGUACCGAAAGGUUUGGAGCAGACUUGCCCUGAAACUUCACGGGACGGCUACUGUGCACUUUCAGACCCGGCUAAUCAAUCGCCGCAACAACUUGAGCCUCCCACGGCAGCCAGAUGCGGAGCUUGUUGGAAACAAUUCAGAGCAGAAAGAGGAUCAAAACAGUGCGACUAUUGA